AUGGAGGAAGCACCAUUUGCUUAUCUCACUUCUCCUUCUCUCUCUUCAUUCGGUCCAGCUUAUCGGUCUUUUCUCCCAAAAGAACAUUGGGAGCUGAUCAAAGAGAAAAAUGGAAAAUUAGUUAUCUCAACGAAAAAACCAAAUAUGCAAUACUACGGUGAAGGGGAAGAUCUCGCUGAAAUGAUCCGUCAGUACAUGGGUUUUCCUGGAAGUCAUGAUUAUUUUAAGACUGGUCUUUCUACGCCAUACAAUACUACUCCAGUUAUCUAUGAAAGUUUAAAGAAGAACCUCUACAUCUACAAACACGAUGUUUUGAUUUCUCUUCUCAUAUCAGCAAAAGCUACAAAAGUCAUCCCAAAAGAUAAUCGCUUGUCUUCAAUCCUCAGUAUCUACCUGAGAACCAAAGAGCUUUCCCUGAAUGGAGUUUGUGAGCUGGUGCCAUACGUCAAAGAUGAAAUUGCCAAAGUUGAACGUAACGUCGAGGAGGAAAUUCGCAAAAUGUCAAUUUCUGGCAAACAACAUACACUCAAGGAAAAGACUUUGGAAGAGGUAUUCGAAUUACUCAAGAAAAUCUUGCCUGUCAAUAUCUACGAUCCGGAAUACACUGUGUUGCGCAAACUUUUGGAGAAAUUUCAUAAAGAAGAUCCGGUCAAGAAGAACGUGGCUAAUUAUGAAAAUAUAAUCAACUGGGCUGCUAUCAUCAUCAACGAGGUGGACCAGUUUACCGAAGGAAAACCAGAAUGGUUCUCCGCAGAACCAGAACAUACACAACAAGGGAAUCCGGAAGGCCAAUCGUUUGUCAGAGUAUUCCAAACUGGAACCGAGAUGUUCGUAUUGCUAUGGGAAGUGGAACAAACAUUGGAAGUUUUGAAGCUGGAUUCGAAGUUCAUUGAAGAUAUUGUUUUGGAAGAUGAUACCCCAAAUGCUACAAUCGAAUUCCGCCCACUUUUCGAUCAUCUCGGAGGGGACAUGAAUAAAAUUGAGUUCGUUGUCACCCCACUCAUCAAGCCCAAACCCAAAGCUCUGUUCAUCCCAAUGCAGAACAACUCCUAUGGCAUCUACGUCGUGGACGCUGUGAUCGACCUUCUUCGCCACUUCAUAACAGUCAAAAAGGUUUUUCAGAACCUUGACGAACGGCAAAAAUACAUCCUCCUCGAAUGUUUUGUAGCCGUCGCCAAUGGUCUAACUGGAUUGAAAAAAGCAAAUCGAUUCAUCACUGAGAAGUUUUUGUUGGAGUUCUAUGAAGGAGUUAAUUCAAUCAUCCAGAAGAACAACCUCAAGAGCACCAAGGAAACAAAAGAAUUCCGAAAAGUGGGAACAUUUGGAUUCACUUUGAAGGAAUUCCAAAAGGAGUUGAAAUACCUCGGAAUUGUCGCUACAUUCCCCGAUGUUCUUGGUCACGUGGAGAGAGUCUACGAUUAUAUAAAUGGCCUAAAGGCGAAACAAGUGCUCAGAACUUGCGACAUGAUUGCAGCAAUCGAAUUGUGUCAAAUGAUUUGCGUUUUCAACAACUGUGAAAUCGACCUCUUCUUCCAUGCUCACCAUGCUUGUGGCCGUGUCGGAAUUGUCUGCAGAGAAUGUGUCACCAGUCAGGAGUUGGGAAGCGGAUGGAGCUCACUCCACGGCUUCAUGCGCUAA